AUGUCUUGGGAUAACGAGAUUGAUCAACUGAUUCACCGCUCUAGUCUGGACCAUAAGCCAAUUAUAUCAUUAGUUUGCGGAAGCAAGAACCUGGGCAAAUCCUCACUGUCUAGGCAUCUUGUCAAUCGUUUGUUAAACAACUAUAAACGGGUUGCUUUUAUAGAAACUGAUGUAGGUCAAACAGAAUUCACUCCUUCUGGAAUGGUUUCUCUUCAUAUCCUCAGUUCUCCUAUUCUCGGUCCUCCUUUUACUCAUCAGAAUACUACACCGGUCCGAAGCUUUUUUAUCGGCUCAUCAUCAGCCCAAAAGGAUCCUGCUUAUUAUCUCGAAUGUAUUGAAGAAUUGAUGGCCACAUGGAAGUUUGAAUGCAACAAUAGCCAUACAAAUAUGGAUGAUGACGAUAACGAUGACGAUAAUGAUGACGAUAAUAGUGGGAUAAUCCCACUUGUGUUUAAUACUCACGGUUGGAUCAAGGGUCUUGGUUAUGAUCUCCUUCUCAGCAUUACCAAAAAGGUUCAACCAACAGAUGUGUUUGCAUUUUAUUCGCGCCAAAAC